CAUCAGUCGCCUCAAAAGGCGGCCCCUCCGACGACCCGCCCUCACUCUUCCCGCCCCUCCGACCACCAGAAAGACUAAUAAGAUGGGUCGCCGUCCCGCUCGCUGCUACCGCUACUGCAAGAACAAGCCGUACCCCAAGUCGCGCUACAACCGUGGUGUGCCCGACUCCAAGAUCCGCAUUUUCGAUCUGGGCCGUAAGCGUGCCUCCGUCGACGAGUUCCCCUACUGCUGCCACCUUGUCUCCGAUGAGUACGAACAACUUUCGAGCGAGGCGCUAGAAGCCGCUCGUAUCUGCGCCAACAAGUACGUCACCAAGACGUCUGGCAAGGAUUCCUUCCAUCUCCGUGUCCGUGUCCACCCCUUCCACGUCAUCCGCAUCAACAAGAUGUUGUCCUGCGCAGGUGCCGAUCGUCUGCAAACUGGCAUGCGCGGUGCCUGGGGCAAGCCGUACGGCACGGUCGCCCGUGUGAACAUCGGCCAGAUCAUCCUCUCCGUCCGCACGAAGGACCAGAACGCGCCUGUCGUCCAGGAGGCGCUCCGCCGUGCACGGUACAAGUUCCCCGGCCGCCAGAAGAUCAUCGUCUCCCGCAAGUGGGGCUUCACGAACGUCAACCGUGAGGACUACGUCAAGCUGAAGCAGGAGAAGCGUGUGUUGCAGGAUGGUGCUUACGUCCAGUACAUCCGCCCGAAGGGCAACCUCGAGAAGAACCUCCGUGCCCAGCUCCGCGCCGGCGCGUAAGGGCGGUUGUGAUUGUCGCAUCAUGUACCCUAGCUAUAUUCGCUGCAUUGUCGUUUCGACGACUGUCCUUGGACCCUGUAUGCAUGUGCACGGUCGUGCUUGUAUUGUCUCAGUGAGUGAUCUCGUCAUGUGUCUGGAUAUGUCUCGUGUCUCGUUGUUUCCAUGGUUCCGAUUCGGCAACAUUGGGCUGUUGACACGGCAGCGUACUGAAUGCGGGUGCAAUGGCCCUGCCUCCUGGUUACUGGACGAGGUCAACUCUUCGGUCUCUAUCUUUUAUUUGACUUGACUGCUGCCCUAUUAUUCACUACGUCGCUCUUCUUCCGUGGGCGACGGUUAGGGGAAACGGGGCAAAUAUUGAACGGUUCAUUUCAUUCGUCCGAAUCGGAAGAGCUUCGUGCUCAGUUGGUUGAGGAUUUGGAUCCCCAUAAAUGAAGACAUCUUAGAUAUUCAUGUACUGUAGCUAUGUUCCAAUACAAUGUGCAUCGACACGAA